UCUAGGCCCAAAGGCCCCGCCUUGACUCAACUUUCCAGGAAAGUCGUCAUAUCAACAGUAUCGCUGAUAUCGUAAACACCCGUGACAGCUGCCUCUCGAAUGACGUCGACUAUCGUAGCUUCGAGGCUGAUACCAUGAGGCCUGCUUCCACAAAUCCAAUUGAUUUCCUAACCCUCUCCUAGACCAACUACUAUAACUCAACUCAACUCACACACAGAUCCAUUCCCAGGACAGACACAUACACCGAUCGAGACCUCCUUUACACCCCAAAACACCAUCCAAACAACCAUCUCACCAUGCCAAACAUCCUCAUCAUCGGCGCAACACGCGGCCUCGGCGCCUCUCUCGCAAAACAAUACUCCUCCAUCCCCUCAAACACAGUCUACGCAACCGCCCGCUCGACUCCUGGACCCUCCUCCCCCUCCCCACACGCCUCCAACAUCCACUGGCUCAACAACAUCGACCUCACAGACCCCACCCACGCAACAACCCUCACAACCACCCUCCAAAACCUCCAAGCGCCCCAAAUCGACACCCUCAUCAUAACAGCCGGCUACUUCGGCCUCGAAUCCUUCGACGACCCCUCCUGGCCCGCCCAACUCACAAUGUACACAACCUCCGCCAUCGCCAUCGCCCCCGUCUUCCUCGUCCAAGCCCUCGUCAAAUCCUCCCUACUCAAGUCCAGCGACAGCAGCAGCACCAGCACCAGCGGCGCCAAAAUCAUCCUCGUCUCCUCAGAAGCAGGCUCCAUCACCCUGCGCCACCCACGCGAAGGCGGUGGCAACUACGGCCACCACGCCUCCAAAGCAGCCCUGAACAUGGUCGGCAGACUGCUCGCGCUGGAUCUGCAGGACCGCGGCAUUGCCGUCGCCAUCCUGCACCCGGGCUUCAUGCGCACCGAGAUGACGAAAGGGGUUGGGUUCGACAGGUUCUGGGAUGAGGGCGGCGCCGUGUCGCCGGAUGUGGCGGCGGAGAGCCUGCGGAGCUGGGUGGAUGAGGAGUUUGACCUCGAGAAGUCGGGCCAGUUUUGGGCGCCUAGGGGCUCGGUUGAUAUUGGGACUGCGGAGCCGGUGUUGGGCACGGAGGUGGCUGGGCAGAAAGGGCCGUUGCGUCUGCCGUGGUAAGAGGACGCUUGCUCUGGUGGUUUGGAUUGGAGAGGCUACCUUUUGCGAGGAUCCGGAACGGGCUACACAAAUGACUAAAAAUAUCCAAACACUUCUCAGAUCGUCGCUGCUAGUAUGGUGAAAUAAG